UCAAAGUUACAAGUUCACAAGUAAGACAUGGAUGAAGACGUAGCUCUGGGCAGGCUGGUGGCUCUGCGGAGACAGAGACCAGCCUUUGCUCGUAUGAUCUCCUGGGAAAUCAGACCCCAUGAAGCAGCUGGUGGAACAGCAUGUGACCAGGCAACAAGUUCCGACAGUGAUGGAGAUGCUUGUUCGGGAAGUGAAACAAAGGGAGAUAACUCUAAUGACAGCGAUGAAUCCGAGUAUUUUUCUGCUGAAGAGAGAUCAAGUUUAUGUGACAGUGAUACUGAACCCCUGAAUCAGUCAGGAGAUUAUUGUUCUGUAGGUGAAGCAGCUUCUGUUGCUUCUGACUGUACAAACAGUGUGUUUGACAGUGUCGACACAAUUUCAAACCAAACUCAGAUGGGAAGAACUCGAGCUCCAAGUAAGAAGCAGAAAAAGAGACAGAAAGAUAGAUUAAAAAAGCAGUCAGUCACAUAUGUUGACUAUGAUGCCCCAUUUAGAAAUGUUGACAAUAUAGACUUUGAAUUUGCAGACCUUGUUGGUGAUUCUUUUGUCAACUCACGUCCCAACAUCCGAAAUGUUCCGACGUUGUUUGAGUUGUGUCUUCGUUCAGUUUCAACCAAGCGUUCAAAUCAGAAACGACAAUCGACAAGCAGCAUGCCUCGACCAAUGAAACAUGUUUUGUAUGAGAGAAGGAGAGACCAGGCCUUUACAAGCAUUCAGUUGUCAUGGCUGUAUCGCCUGCUUGGCUUUAUUGAAAAACGGAAUCCACCUUGUGCAUGCAAGUUAAAGGCUCGAAACAUUUGGAAUGAUGAAUACUACAAUGACGAUGAUUACAUUGGUGGAGAAGUCACAUCAAUACUCCCAUAUUCUUAUGUUAAAAAGGAUAAGAGCUCUAGAUAUGCAAGUAUCAUGUGGUGCCCAAAAUUUUACCAAUUAUCAGUGAUGGCAAGUGUUAUAGAGUUCAUGCUACCUCAGCAUAUUUCUGCUGGCCGUCUACGUCACUCAUCCCGAGACUGCAGCUCAGAGUCGCAGCUCAUCCAGAAAACCACUGAUGCCAUGGUCUACUCUGUCAAGAAAAUUCUCCAGGAAAGAUACCCAGGCGUGGUUGAUGUGUUUUUUGAUGAGGCACUGCCAUAUGUGUUCUGGGCUCGAGGAAACAUACAGUUUGCUGCAGAAUGUUUUGUCAGACUUGCUCAGACAAGGGAAGUGUUCUCUUCAACUCAUCCAUCCAGACCUAUGUUGUUGAGUGAAGCAGCAAGAAUCUAUGCUCAGAAUGAUGAGCCACAGAAAGCGUCUCGACUCUACAUAGAAGCCUCUGAUAUCAUUAUGGCAAAGUCUAGGACCAUGAAACUUGAGAAAAAUACCCUCCUUCAGCAGAUGUCAUUGAUUGCCAGUGUACAUGACCAAGGUCUGAUGACACCAGAGAAAGCCAGAUUGGCAGCUGGGGCCUGGGCUGCUGCCAUCAAGUGCCUGCAUCCUACAUGUCCAUGGAGCUCUGGGGUCCAAGCUGUGGACUCUUUCCUGUGUUUUCAUGCAGGAACUGCGCAAGCAAAUAUUCAGGAUUACCUUGAGAAAUCUGUGAAGCUGAUAGAGAGUUUAGUUGGGCAGUCUGGGAUUUUCCUGCUUCAUCUGGCCAUGGUGAAGGCUCUACUGGGUUCAGCUCGAGAAUCUUACAGGGCCUUCUCUUCUGCCCUUACAAGUGGAUUGCUGGAAAUACCACAGUCAGUGAAAGGUACCACACGCAAACACAACGCAUGGCAGCCAGUUCUUGACCAUGUUGCCGAACAUGGAACGCCUAAGUUUCUCAAGGUCAUAUGGAGGACACAGCUUGGUCAUCUUCGGAUUGUCAAUACCAAGGAUACCUUCGAAGGGGAUUAUCAAGCUAGGGCAGACCUCAACCUGAGAUUGACUGACACUGGCUUCCUAACAGUGGAUCUGCAGAUGGUGCUGCCCCCUAUCAGAGCCCUCAACCUGGAUCCAUAUACAGGGUUUCACCUCCACACGUCAGGGUUAACCCACAAGUGGCAUUCUCUCCCCUACGUGCAGACACAGGCACAGGCAGCCAACAGAAAUGGACAACACAUAGUACCUACAUUGACCGAGGUGUAUUGGGAUGACACAACAGAGACUGUAGUCCACCUGUUGAGUCCAGACUCAUCCUUGAUUGAUCGAAAUGAGGUCCGUCUUCAGAAGAGCAGAAAAAUUACUUUAUUCUGGAAAGCUGCAGGAGGUCAAAGGGCAAAGCUCAACCUGAUACCGUUUCUCAAGGGUGUGUACAGGAAGAAUGUACUAGAUAGCAUUGCAACCACUAUUCAUAGAUGUGGUGAACGCUGGAAGGAGGAGAUGAGGAUGUCUCUGGACUACUGCUUCACGAAGGACAUCACUUUAUCAACAUAUGUAGUGGAGACAGUAAAGGACCAAAAAUGGGAGGACGUUGUCAAAUUUAGUGAAAUAUCAAGCAAAAAAUCAAAAGUUGCCAGAACAAAGAAACAAGUAGAGACUAAAAAGAAAAAGAACAACUACAGCUACACGCCCCCAGAUUUUAGCGUCUGGGUGGAGGAGUGUUUCGCCUACAAGGACACUCUCUACCUGUCAGUGUAUGAUGGUCACACAAUCAGGAGGGUUCAAGUGUUUGUAGACUGUACCAACAAGGCCAGCUUCCUGGAACCAGUAGCGAGAAUGGACUACGUGUAUGACGCAUAUAUUGACACAGAGGACCCCAGUCUGCACCAGGCGAGGACCGGCAGGACCCAGAACUGUCCUCAAGAAGACAUCAUGUGGCGCUAUGGGUUGAACAAUGAACGUCAAAAAUGGCAAUUUGUUUUUGGCAAGAAAGGAGAGUUACUGAAGACAUUCUCAGACAAUCAAAUGGUGGAGCCAUAUGUUCUUGGGAAGAAGCUCUAUGGCCUCAGAGAUGACAGACUCAGAGUCCGAUGUGAUCCUAUCUCUGCAGAUGAUGAGGUUUUGAGUGAAGAGUUACCUGAAAUAAAAACUCUUCUUUUUGGAGGAAACAAAGUCAUGGCUGUAACAGACAGUGCAAUCUACUUCCUGCAUCCUGAAACUCUUCAAACCCUAAAUGUUACCCAGCAACAAGCCAGCUGCAGUCUGAAGGUGAGUGAGGAUGGCCUCUACAUCAGCUUCCCACAAGGAUGUUCAGCCAGGGUCCUGGAGCAGAAAAAACUGGAGGAGAAGACGAGACUUGCAUUAAGCAUCGGUACAACUCUGAUGUUUGUGGAUGUCACAGACGAUGCUGUAGAGAUUGUCAUGGACAUUUUGGUUCCUGGAAUUGCUGUGGAAUGUUAUUCCAUAAGUGGACAUGGUGAUUUUCUCGUGUCAGUCACUAUGCAGGAAGACCAAAGUUUCUACAGAGAGCAUGUCUUCCACUAUGAUUGUCAUGGGAAGAUCCUAGGGGUGCUGCCCUUCCUUGGACCCGGACCAAGAUGUUUCUCUGUGGAGUACCUGAAGGGUCGGGAGGAGGUGACAGACACGGAUUGUGGCAGGAGGGGCUGGCAUGUGUUUAUGAGGGAUGGCCAUGAGGGGAUUAUAGGUGUACGUCUGUGAAUACCAGGAACUGUCACAGACUGGCCACCAGGGGAUUAUAGGCGUAUGUCUCUGAAUACCAGAAACUGUCACAGACUGGCCACCAGGGGAUUAUAGGUGUACGUCUGUGAAUACCGGGAACUGUGACAGACUGACCAUCAGGGGAUUCUGGGCGUAUGCCUGUGUAUAGCAGGAACUGUCACAGACUGGCCAUCAGGGGAUUCUGGGCGUAUGCCUGUGUAUAGAGGGAACUGUCACAGACUAGCCAUCAGGGGAAUAUAGGUGUACAUCUGUGAAUAACAGGAAUUAUCACGGAGCAGUUUACCAGCAUAUGGGACCAUCUGAAUCACAGUUGAAAAGGGGGAUACUUGUAACGAAAUUAUGAAGAUCUAUUUCAGUCAUCAAGGCAUGACAUUGAUUGAUCUGAAGAGUGCCCCUUUUCCAAUAUACAUGUACCAGGACAUGUACCAGGAGACAUUGAAAGCAGUUGUCGUCAUGAGUGACAGGGUCUUCAUUGCGGAGGGUUUUUGUUGUGAAUGAUCAUCAGAAGAAAGUACUUGGUCUGAUCCUGCAGAGAGGAUGUUCCAGAGAUCGAGUUAGUGUUGAGACUAAUUCCAUGCUUGACAGCUGCAGAACUGUGCUGACUUCUUGGAAAAGAGUCCUGGUUUGAUGCCUAUGUAGCAGGGAGUCAUCCCACAAGAUGGCAUCCUUACCUUGUUAGCUUGGGGUUAACUCUUUGGUCGUGUGGACAAGGCAUCUGACUUCGGAUCAGAAGGUCUGUGGUUUGAAUCCAAGCAAGGAACUCGGAAAUUUAUGGCCACUUCACCUACAAGGGUUCAACUUGCAGUCCAUGUAACACAGAAUAGGUUGCUGAAGACCAAUUCUAGAUACAGCAUGCAGUUGGUGAGAAUAAACUUGGUGCUGUUAAUUCAUGACCCAGAGACUUUGUCAGCAUGAAAGCAGUGAUUGUUAAGACAGAUUACGUGCAGUGUGAUGUUUGUAUAUAUUUAUAUAUAUAUUGUAUUUAUUAAACUGUAUAUUUCUUUUGCCUUAUGAUAAACUGUAUGUGAUGAACAGUUAAAGUAUACAAAUCUC